CAUAUCAUUUCUACUAAUUCAGAAAAAAGAAAUAAAACUCUUUAUAUUCCAAAAAAACAUGUCAAGAGACAUAAUUCCCAUUUACUCUUUACUAUCACUCUUUUUGAUGUGUCUUUGUUUGGUUUUAGCAAAUGCAGACGUUGAAUGCACAGAUAUGAUGAAAAAUUUGAUGCCAUGUCAAGGGUUCUUAAUGAGUGGAGAUGAUUCUCCUAGUGUUGAUUGUUGUAGUCAAGCACAAGCUCUUGACAAACAAUUCGCAGCGUCUGAUAAGCCGGACCGUGAAGGUAUCUGCUCAUGCCUCAAGGCUGCUACACAAAUACCUAUAAAUCUUGAGAAAGCAGCAAUGCUCCCUUCCUUAUGCAACCUUGAUACAAAAAUACCUAUCGACCCUAACGUUGAUUGCACCACGGUUUGAAGGACAAGCUAGUAUUGGAAUUGAUCCUUAUUAAAAGAAGUGAUAUACAAGUUUCAAUUUUAUGAUGAUGUAAUGUUUUUUUAAUAAAAGGACUCUAUCCCAAUUAUAUUAUGUUCUAUUUAAAAUUAUGUAACAUCUAUAUAUUUUGUGUUAGUGGGGGAAAAGCCCUGCUUUAUACGCAUAUUAAUAAGAAAAUAUUGUUGUUGAAGCUUA